AUGGCGGCUUCAAACCCACCCCAUCCUUUACAGGUCCUGGACCAAAUGUUUAAUGAAGUCCUGGUCCAAACCGGAAAACAUCUUAGAGCGAAUAUGAAAGAUGGACCAAAGAACGCAAAUGCAAACACAACGCGCACGUCCACAGUAGAUUCGUUGACAACGUACCACUACGCCCUAGACGACCUUGAGAGUGAGAUAACAAGAGCAAAGGCCGUUGUAUUAAGAGACCUAGAGAAGCUUCGCGCCGCCCGGGCUCCCCCUCCGGCGCCGGCGCCAGCUCCUACUCCAACUCCAGUUCCGGCUCCACAGCCUGUAGCACCUCCGGCGCCAAUGAUGGAAUUACCAUCAUCAGCGGCGCAUACCAUGAGCGCCCCAGCCUUUGCUCCUAAGAAAGAGACAAAGGGAGCCGCUCCGUUUCCCGACAUGGGCAUGGGUAUGUCGAGCGACAACAUGAUCGAUCUAACUUCUUCCGAGAAGAAACCUUCACCUCGUGUCGCACCCGGCGCUAUUAGACCCCCAGGAAGACCAAGCCCUGUAGUUAAGCAUGAUGUGAGGCCCUCGCCAAAGCAGGCACACAAGCCGAGUCCGAAACUAGCCCAGCCUGCUAAAGUCACACCCGUUCCCCCGCCGCAAAUCCCGCGCCUGCAAAAUCUCCAGCCUCCCCAGCCGCCUUCCAUAGGACCUGCGGCCACAACGCAAUCUCAAUCGACUGCGCCAAAUGCCCAACCCGCAAGGACAGUCCAAGCCACACCAGCGGCACAGGCGGCUCAAGAUGCCACAAUCAAUGCCACACUCGUGCCCAACAAUGCUGUUGGAGCCGAUACCAAUGCGACCGGUGGGAACACACUCAACUUCACAGAUAUGCAGUUCUCCCUUGCGCCACCCAGCAAUGACGCACCAGGCGCCCCUCCGGCCCCCAUGCCUGAGUUCGACUUAACAACCUUCGCGCCGCAAGGAAGUAACGAUAUACUGUCCCUCGAUAAUUCUAAGCCUAGUAACACCACCGCGGCCCCUCAACAACCUAAAGAGCAGGACAAGACCGACUCAAGCAAUCUUGACGACCUGUUCAACCUCGAUAGUAAUAAUGGUGGGGACAACAUGUUCGACCUAGGAGGUGGCGGUGCUAAUGAUAGCACUUUCGACGACAUGAUGUACUUCGAUAACAACGAUGCAGACAUGUCGUUCGACGAAGCUUAUUUCUUCAGCAAAUAA